CUGGAAGUAGAUGAGAAUGACCUAAGUAAAUAUCUCCCUUGCACAGAGACAUUUGCAUUGCACUUAACAAAGACCAGUUUUUUUUGGUUGUCCGCCGAUCCACAUCAAUGGCUCUUGUGAGAACAACUCAAGGAGCUUCCUCUGAUUCCAACACUCGUCGGGGUUAUCAUUACGACGUGUUCUUGAGCUUUAGAGGUGAAGACACUCGCAAGACGUUUACCGACCACCUCUACACAGCUUUGAUAAGCGCAGGAUAUCGCACAUUUCGAGACGACGAUGAACUCAAGACGGGAGAAGAUAUCAAAUCAGGACUGAAGCAAGCAAUCCAAAUGUCCCGAACUUCUGUCAUUGUGUUUUCGAAAGAUUACGCGUCAUCCAGAUGGUGCCUUAACGAGCUUGUCGAGAUCGUUGACCACAAGAGGGCCAGCUCGGACCAUGUGGUUAUACCGGUCUUCUACGAUGUUGAUCCGUCCCAUGUGAGGAAGCAGACGGGAAGCAUUGCCGAGGCAUUUGCUGGACACCGGAAAACUGAACCCCCCGACAUGAUGGAGAGAUGGAGGAAGGCACUUGCAGAGGUUGCAGAUCUAGCUGGGAAGGUUUUACAAAAUCAAGCUUAUGGGUACGAGUCAAAGUUUAUCAAAGAUAUUGUUAAAGUGAUUCGUGAUAAGCUAAGUCGCACACACUUGAGCGUUGAAUCAAAACUGGUUGGAAUCCAUUCUCGAGUCGACCACAUCAAUUUAUGGUUACAAGAUCCCUCACAUGAUGAUGGUAUACUUGUUGUUUAUGGGCUGCCUGGAAUAGGGAAGACAACCAUUGCAAAAUGUGUUUACAAUUCAAACUACGAAAGUUUUGAAGGAAGCAGCUAUGUUGAAAGUAUCAGAGAAACUGCAAGUCAUCCAGACGGCUUAGUUCAAAUACAGAAGCAAAUUCUUUAUGAUAUUUUAAAUGGGAAAAAAGAGAAAAUACACAAUGUUAGUGAGGGAAUAAUUAAGAUUGGAAGAGCCAUAAGCUUUAGAAGAGUUCUUCUUGUUCUUGAUGAUGUGGACCAUAUGGACCAAUUAGAUGCAGUACUGAGAAUGAAAGAUCAGUUUUAUCCUGGAAGCAAAAUAAUCAUAACAACUAGGCGUAAAAGGUUGCUAAAGGCACAUGAAGGUAUUACGGUGCAUGAAGUUGGACCUUUGGGUUUCGAUGAAUCAUUGGAGCUCUUAAGCCAUGCUUUUGGCCAGGAUCAUCCCCUUGAAGGUUAUGAGAAAUAUUCUGAAGAAGUCGUACAACACAGCGGAAGACUUCCAUUAGCUCUCAAAGUUUUGGGUUCUUCUCUUUUCGGGGAACCUAAGCAUGUAUGGAAAAGUACAUUGGAGAAGUUAGAAGUUAUUCCAAAUGGUGAAAUCAUGGGUAAAUUGAGAAUAAGCUACGACUCUAUACAGGAUGACCAUGACCAGAAAUUAUUCCUUCAUAUUGCUUGUUUCUUUAUUGGAAAGGAUGAAGAUUACAUUGUCAGAAUACUAGAUGGAUGUGAUUUCAAGACAAUCUGUGGCAUUCAAAAUCUCAGAGAUAGGUGCUUGGUGACAAUUGAUAGGGACAAGUUGUCUAUGCAUGACGUGAUUCGUGACAUGGGACGAGAAAUUGUUCGCCGAGAAUCAUAUGAGCCUGGGAAUCGUAGUAGAUUGUGGCGCUCUAAGGAUUCUUUCGAAGUAUUGAGAGAAAAGAAUGGUACGCAAGCAAUUGAAGGUCUUAUGCUGGGCAUGCAUGAACUGCUUACAAACAGUCCCAUAAACUCAAAUGAGAAUGUCUUGGGAACCAAUUCAUUUGCAAGGAUGCACAAACUGAAACUUCUCUGUCUUAGACAUGUACGACUGGACGGAUGUUAUGCAGAACUUCCGACAGGGUUAAGAUGGUUGUGCUGGCUCGAAUUUCCUUUGGAUUCAAUUCCUGUUGAUUUUUCUUUGGAGAAAUUGGUAGUUCUUGAAAUGCAAUAUAGCAACUUGAGACAACUCUGCAAAAGAGCAAACUUUCUUCCAUCGUUGAAGAUCCUUGACGUCAGCCAUUCUCAUGGCUUGAGUGAAACCAUGGACUUCUCACCUUGCCCCAAUCUAGAGGAAUUGAUUCUUGUGGAUUGCACCAGCUUGAUUUAUGUUCAUGAAUCCAUUGGAAACCUGGAGAGACUCGUGUACUUGAAUAUGAAGGAUUGCAAGAAUCUUAGGAUGCUUCCGAAGAACAUGUGCAUGCUUAAAUCACUUGAAACACUCAUUUUAUCUGGUUGCUCAAAUCUUGAUGACUUUCCAGUGGAGAUGAUGAAGAAGAUGGAGUCUCUAAAAGUUCUUGAGACAGAUGGAAUUCCAAUAAGUGAAUUGUGGCCAGAAAGAAGUUCAACUAUCUUGAGUUCUUUUCCAUGCUCUUUAGUAGAGUUAAGUCUGAACGGGUGCAAUCUUUCUGAUGAUGUUUUUCCUACGGAUUUAAGUAAUCUAUCCUACUUGCGAAGACUACAUUUAGAUGAGAAUCCAAUUUGCAGUCUGCCAGUUUUCAUCAAAGGUUUGAGAAGGCUCGAUCAUCUAUCUUUCCGGGAUUGUAAUAGGCUCGAAUCGCUUGUGGGGUUGCCGAAAGUACACCAAAGGACAAAUAUAGACGGAUGCAUAUCAUUAAGAAAAAUAAAAUAUCUUCCCCAUGUGCAAGAGUAUGGAAAGUACAUUGUGGGUGGCAACUACAAUCUAGUUGAGUGGGAGCAUGAUUGCAAGUUAGAGCCUAUUGAUAGAGUUGAUGCGGAAAUGAUCAAACUUUUGGGCUUGUGCAACUUGGAAUCCAUGCCAGCUGUUCGAAUGCAUCAUCCAUACGCAAGCAAGGAUCCAAAAGAGGUCCCAGUCCAGGGAUUGUAUCAAUAUGGUAUAUUCAGCACAUUUUUUGCUGGGAAUGAGGUUCCAGGCCGGUUCAGCUAUAAAAGUACCAAGUCCUCGAUAUCUUUUAUAGUCCCUUUACUACUUGCCAGUCACAUAAUUCGAGGCUUGAACAUCUUUGCUACCUAUGCAAAGGAGGGGAAUUCUAAUCAAGAUUAUUUUCUUGACCCUGUAAUAAUAACUAAAGUGAGUAACAAGAGCAAGGGUCUGAAGUGGAUCUAUAGCCCAUCGUUCUAUGGAAUUCCAAGUGAUGGAGAAGAUAUGAUAUGGUUGAGCCAUUGGAAGAUGGAGAACGAAACAAUAUUACAAUGUGGAGAUCAAGUGGUGGUUUCUGUAGCGGCCAAUCUAGAUAAGUUGUUUCGGAUAAAGGAGUUUGGUGUCGAGCUUGUGCAAGAACACCAGAAUAAUAUGAUGAUAAGUACCCAACACAACACCAAAUCAGAUCCUAAUUACCCAUUUGUCAUCGGUGGAGAUUUGUCCAUGCGCGAGCAUAUACCAGGAAUAUACUUCCUUGGUUACACUAAAGAAGAUGUUGAAAACACUAAUAUCUUUCCGCGGAGACUUUUAAAUCGCCUCAUCAUGGACACUGAUGAAGAAGACACAGACAAAGAAGAAGGGCAAGAGGAUGAACUUGAUUACACAAUUGGAAGGACGAGGGAUGCCAGUAACAAUUGCGGCCUUGGAGGCUGGAAAGUGCUCCUCACAGCUGCUGGCUUAUUUUUCACGCUUGCCCUAGUAGUUCGGUCCUCCAUCUCCCAGAAAAAGAAGCGACAAUAGUCCACAAGCCAUCCAUGAGUUUGUAAUUUUACUUGAUACAGACAUCUUUGGAUUCCCUCCUUGUUUUCAAGAUGUUUUCUGCCUUCAAAACUUCGGGUUCAGAGCUAAGUGCUUAACCGCUUGAGAUAUAAAAGCCCCUAGCAAUUAGAUAUCGAAGUUCAAAUAUGUUCAACAUCAUCAAAUAAUGCAUAGCUCAAAUGUGUUCAGCAUCAUUAAGAACUUCAAAA